AUGCGGGUCCUUGUUGGAAGCUGCUUGUCACCGCGCCUUGUUGUUGCACACUUGGACGUAUCCGAUCGCAUGGAAUGGACGGCUUCCCUCUCGGGUGAACUGGAGCUGCCGCCAACGCACGUCUGCCGCGGAAUCUACCUCGCCCAGCGGUCUCCGUUUGUAGACGUCGCCUCCACGGAGAAGCGCAAGCGCGCGACCUUCUUCCACGCCGCUGCGAGCCACGAGCCGCAACCAGUUUACCUGUCCAGAUUCAAGCUCAUCCUUGUGAAAAUGACGGCCAUGCAGACGCAGCUGAACGCCCGCUUCGACGACGUGGACAAGAAGCUGCAGCAUUUGACGGCUCGCGUCGAGCAGAUGGAGCGCAACAACAGCGGAUCACUAUCUAAGUGA